AUGAUGCUCGGCUUCGAGCGGCUGAUGAAGCCCGAUGUGGCCGAGGAACUGGGUCUCGGGGAAGUGAUGGACAAGUACUGCACGAUCAUGCUGCCGGAGGGUAAGACCCAGGAGGAGGUCCUGGUGGACAUGAUCCUCGGCUUCCGAGCGGCGGAUGUCGCUCAACCGCCGCAGCCGGAGACAUCCUCGCUGCACGCCGAGCACUCUGGUGAACCAGAGGGGCAGGUCGGUGCCUGGAUGGAAGAUCUGCCUCAAGUCCGGGAUCAAAUCGAAGAUGCGCUGGAUGACAUCACGACCGAGCAGGCCAAAAUCCAAGAGAUGGUCGCCGAGCAAUUGAAGGCCGCCCAACAGCAACUCCAGCAUCUUGAUGGCCGGCUGCAUGUGGAGAAGCUCCGGGACGAAGUGAGAGCUCACACCGACCGCAUCCACCUCCCUGUGCUCCCAAAAAUACCCGAGCCAGGUGUGAUCUCACCGGAGAACAUGCCCCCAAACGUGCCAGUCCAAGCCCUGAAUUGGUUGGACGGUCUCGGCGAAUCGAUGGCCGGCAUGGAUCUAUACAUCCAGGCAGAGGUGGAUUACUGGCGGGCGGUGGACCGAGUGAAGGCGGCCGAGUUAGCGGUCUUGCAGCCAGGAGAAGCGCCGAGUGCUGCGGCGGGCUCUUGCCACCCCGUCCUGUCUCAGAGUCGCAUGAUGGAUAGUCGGGAUGUCCCAUUAGUGUACAGUCGUGUUGGCACCGGUAUUUACAUCUCGUGA